CGAGCAGACCCAAGACGGGCUGAGAGAGAGAGCACACAGGGGGAGACACAGGGAGAGAGAGAGAGAGCAGCAAAGGAAGGAACGCAAGGGACUGUCAAGAGGACGUGAUCUUACAUCGCUGAAGCUGAGGAUGAUCUGAAACUCCAAAAGGACACACACUUUUUUCACCCUUUCUUUCGCAAGACUAGACUGUACACUAUCGCUGCUCCCACUUCUUUUGGACAUAAAGGAGAGGGGAGGAGGGCGGCUUGUCCAACAUGAACGUCACCUCGCUCUUCUCCUUCACCAGCCCGGCGGUCAAACGGCUGCUGGGUUGGAAGCAGGGAGACGAGGAAGAGAAAUGGGCGGAAAAGGCCGUAGAUGCUCUGGUAAAGAAACUGAAAAAGAAGAAGGGAGCCAUGGAGGAGCUGGAGAGGGCUCUCAGCUGCCCGGGUCAGCCCAGUAACUGUGUGACAAUCCCCCGCUCCCUGGACGGAAGGCUGCAGGUGUCCCACAGGAAAGGUCUGCCGCAUGUCAUUUAUUGCCGGGUGUGGCGUUGGCCCGACCUGCAGUCCCACCACGAGCUGAAGGCCCUGGAGUGCUGCGAGUUCCCCUUUGGCUCCAAACAGAAGGAUGUGUGUAUCAACCCCUAUCACUACAAACGAGUGGACAGUCCAGUGCUGCCCCCUGUGUUGGUACCGAGGAACAGUGAGUUCAACGCCAAGCAUACAAUGCUGCCUCGCUUCCGCAACCCUCUACAACAGAAUGAGCCGCACAUGCCGCAGAAUGCCACCUUCCCAGAAUCCUUCACUCAGGCCAACACAAUGCCCGCCAAUUUUCCUAAUUCACCUGUAAACAGCUACCCGAACUCGCCGGGAAGUGGCAGCAGCAGUGCCACCUUCCCUCAUUCGCCAUCCAGCUCCGACCCCGGCAGUCCAUUCCAAAUGCCAGAGACCCCCCCUCCUGCCUACAUGCCCCCAGAGGAGCAGAUGACUCAGGAUUGUCCCCAGCCAAUGGACACCAACCUCCUGGCUCCAACCUUGCCUAUAGAGAGUAACAACCGGCCAGAUGUGCAGCCCGUGGCCUAUGAGGAACCCAAGCACUGGUGCUCUAUUGUUUACUACGAGCUCAAUAAUCGUGUAGGAGAGGCGUUCCAGGCGUCCUCCACCAGCGUGCUCGUCGAUGGCUUCACAGAUCCCUCCAACAACCGUAACCGGUUUUGCCUUGGCCUGCUCUCCAACGUCAACCGCAACUCCACCAUCGAGAACACCCGGCGGCACAUUGGCAAAGGUGUCCAUCUGUAUUAUGUUGGUGGGGAGGUGUAUGCAGAAUGUCUGAGUGACAGCAGUAUCUUCGUCCAGAGUCGUAACUGUAACUACCACCACGGCUUCCAUCCAACGACUGUGUGUAAGAUUCCCAGCGGCUGCAGCCUGAAGAUUUUCAACAACCAGGAGUUUGCUGAGCUGCUGGCCCAGUCCGUCAACCACGGCUUCGAGGCCGUUUAUGAGCUCACCAAGAUGUGCACCAUCCGCAUGAGUUUUGUUAAGGGUUGGGGAGCAGAGUACCACCGCCAAGAUGUGACCAGCACACCCUGCUGGAUUGAGAUCCACCUGCAUGGUCCCUUGCAGUGGUUGGAUAAGGUGCUAACCCAGAUGGGCUCCCCCCACAACCCUAUAUCCUCCGUCUCCUAGGCUUCACUGUCCUCAGCCCCGUGGCUGUCCGUACCCCAGCAUUUCGGUCAAAGUAGCAAGAAUAGGGUCACAGAUUGGCUCGUUGUUCAGCCAGCCUGCCUUUUCCCAUAACUGAUAGACAUUUUGACUGAAACACAAGCUGAUCUGGGACCAGUAGGGCUGGGCGGGUUGUUAAAUUGGUUUGUUCUCUACUUGAAGGAUGUCUGAAUUGGGCACAUUUACAGUCUGGGAGAGGAGUAAGCAAAGCGAGCGUGAUGCAACUGGAAGAUACUUGAUCUUUGUGACCAACUGUAAUAAUUAGACCAUCAAACUCAACAUGACGCAAGUAUCCUCCCUGAUCUUGCUCCAACAAUGUCUCUUUUUCAUUGUUCUAUUAUUCUGAGUCAUUACUAGUUUUCAUAUAAAUAUUCCCUCUGAAAUCCAGAUAUACUUGUGUAGUUACAAUAAUCAUGGGACAUUCCAGGUCACCAAAAUUGCAGUCGGCUGCUGUCUACUGCCUGACUGCAGUGAGGUUGACAUGAAAUGUACUUAAGCCAUGUAAAAAGUUAGCAGGGACUUGACCAGUAUGACUGAAUUUUUUAUCAUAUCCAGAUACUUAAACAAGACAAAGUGUUCUUUUUUUGGGCUUAAUAUUAAAGCACUACAAAGUUGUAAUAUAAAUAAAAUCCCACAUCAGAGAUCUUAAAAAAUAAUCAGAGAGCUAAAUUUGGGGGAGUUUGAGAGUUAAGAGUGGGGUUUAGUGUGGGGCAUGGCACUAAAAGGGCAUUUCAGAUUAUUCAGAAAAAAUGGACUAAUGUUUAAAUGUUGCUCAUCUUGUGUUUCAAAUGAAUUUUCAGAAAAAAAGAAUAGUGUUUAGAUAUAUUCACUAUUAGAAUAUGUGCUGUGCAGUAUGGUUUUUGCAAAGCAUAGUUUGGUUAGUGUAGUGUUACACAUUUAAGACUGGUAGCUGAACACCACAUGAAGCAGAGGCAAAUAAAGGUGCAGUUUAGUUUGUCCAUUGCUGUAUACUCUGCAGCAAAAAUCAAAUGUGUCAAAUACGGAGUCACAUUGAGGACAUAAAUAUUUCAGUGACUCCUCAUUCUCUUAUUACAUCGACUGAGCAAAACAUGUGAGAUGACUGUUAUGGGAAAAUGUUGAGCAUUCGAAUUUUCAUUGUUGACUGAGAAAAGAGUAUCAGUUACUGAUGUCCUUAUAUGAUUUUCUUUUUUUAAUUAAAUGCCGAUUUUGCCAUUCAGUUAUUUUAUGCUUUGAGCAAUCCUCUUUGCUGUUAAACUGUAUUACUCUUUACAUUCUUUUUGUAUUUUUUGAACAUGUUUUCUGUUGUCUGUCUGCACUUUCACACAUUGCCCCUUUGUGUUGUUUUAGUUUUUCUCCUUCUUUGUGUUUUUGCUCAGUAAAACUCCCAGAAAAGCAGUUUUAUUCCAUGAAUAUCAAGCCUCUACUGGAAGAUUCAAUAAAUUUGUUUCAAUAC